AUGCCUAGCCAGACCGAACAACCAGCCUUCCAGUCGUCCUCGUCGUCUUCGUCCUUACUUUCUUCGUCCACUUCCAGAUCAACGGCGCUAUAUUCGGGUGAUCGGGAUACCCAGCCUACCAAUUCAUCAUCAUGCGACGUCCUUCUAUCCUUACACCCUCAGCCUGUUGACGCGUUGUCUCUACAGCCUUUUUCUCUUGCGAAUCGUGAAGACAUGGCGCGGGAAGGUGAACAGCAAGCCGAUAUGGACCUGGGUGCUGACUCUUCGGAGCAGCGUCUGGAGUUGGAGCCGCGCGAUCACUCCGCAGUGCUUGGGGGGAAUCCUGUCACCGACGAGACUUUGUCGGCGUUCAUGGCUGUACCUCGGUAUCCGAAUGUCGUCAACAACGAUCCAUUUGUUCCCGUAUCGGAAGUUGUCAAUGCGGUGAUAGAACAUGGGGAUUUUUUUCGCCCUCACAACACGCCCACCCACGAGGCAGGACGGAAUUUCUCUCCGCCGGUGGAGCUGUACAUGUCGGAUUCGGAAAUGACAGAUACUUUAUCGGAGUUGGGAGGGGUUUCGCUAAUCGCAUACCCGCCCGAGCACGUCGGGAUGGCGGAACUUGUGAAUCAGUUCGUCGAGGACGCGCCGAAUCCCUACCCGGCCAUCUCUGAUGGGACGGAAGAAGAUAGUGUGACGGAAUUGGCUAUGGAGGAUGAGCUGGACGCACCUAGAAGCCAGUCCGCGUUGUCGACGGCAUUAGACGACGACCUGGAUGAUACGCGCAAAUUUUACGGCGAUCAUGGCGACAGCGAAUAUGACGACACUUUCCACCCUCCCCCCCAUUACGAUAACCUUGCCGAUCUGUCCGAUGUUGACUUCGGUGACUUUUACCGUGGUUUCAACCAGGGCUAUGGUCCAGAAUUGUCGGGGUUUGAACCUGCUAGCCAUGAGGACUACAACAACUUUCUGGACGGGGAGGAAGCAGCCGAAGACCUUGUAGGAGAUACUCACUUUCCUGAUUCUCUCCUGCACGGAACUACUCAGGAAAGAAACUUCAAUAUCGAUCAGUUCAUCUCGCAGUGGCUCUUCCAGUCUUCGACGGCUUCCAUCCCAAUCCUCUCGAUCGUGCCACCAGUGUUUCCGCAAAACCCAAUGUCUAAUAUCAUUCGCUGGAGCCCGCCUGCCCAAAUCAUACGGCCCAGUGGGUACACAAGAGAUUUUUUCGAUCUCCAGCAGAUUCCCUGGUGGGAGAAGCUACGAGUCAAGCGUGCCGAUGCGCGCCAUUUACGAGACCAGUGGUAUACCUCGUACCACAACCUCCAAUACACGCGCUCUCGCUCAGGGGUCAGGCUGUCGGAGGAAGAGUUUUACUUCCAAGGCAAAGCUAUGUACACGGAGCACAGGGCCAAAAUCGAGCACUUUCAGCUGCGCAAUGUGAUGUCCGUUCCUGCAUAUAAUACGGUGCAUUUUUCCCACGAGUCCAAGGUGUAUUCAUGGGCUCCGGCAUAUGGGGAUUUGAAAUGUUUAAUAGAUUUGUCCAUGCCCGUGGUGGAGACUGGAUUCCAGGGACCAGUGAAGAUAUCCACCAUGAAAACAGCUCAGGGGAUGACCAUUGCGGGUGGGUUCUUUGGAGAGUAUGGCAUGCGGGCCGCUGGCACUGAAGGGAAAGGAAUUGAGGGGUUCGUGACGAAGGAUCGCAAUGGCAUCACCAACCAUAUUGAUAUCAUUGCAAGUCGGACAAAUCGCUCACCGGUUGGGGUCUUCGCCUCGAACGACUGCCAUAUCCGGGUAUUAGACUGUGAAACCAACACGUUUCUGGCUGACCAUGAGCUUUCUCACGCCGUCAACUGCACCUCAACGUCUCCUGAUGGCCGUCUCCGUGUGGUGAUCGGGGACUCUGCGGAUGCUUGGGUGGUGGAGGCAGAUACCGGACGGCCCGUGCAUCCACUUCGCGGCCACCGGGAUUUUGGAUUUGCCUGUGCCUGGUCCCCGGACAUGCGACAGAUCGCCACGAGUAACCAGGACAAGACGGCAAUGAUCUGGGAUGCGCGCACGUGGAAGAUGCUCGAAAAGAUCGAAUCCGACGUGGCCGGAUAUCGAUCUCUGCGGUUCUCGCCGGUCGGUGGAGGGCCACGAACCCUGAUGCUGUGCGAGCCCGCUGAUCGAGUUGUGCUGGUGAACGCGCAGACGUAUCAAACGCGCCAGGUGCAUGACUUUUUCGGCGAAAUCGGAGGCGCAGACUACUCCCCAGAUGGCAGUACGAUCUGGAUCGCCAACACCGACGAGCACUUUGGAGGAUUCAUGGAAUACGACCGACGGCAGUGGGGGCAGCGGUAUGGCCUACAUCACCCGCCCAACGAGUGGGUGAAGGAGUCGGAGCUUGACGAGGACGAGCGAUGUUUGCUGAGCGAACGAGAGCGACAGAUGAGGUUCUGGUGGAAUUUAAGCGAGGAGGAGCAUGAGGGGCUGUUGCUUUAA